GUAAUAUCGAGCGCACCCAAAGCAAUGAUAAAAGACGUUUGGCGCGGUUGGUAGACUAGCUGCUGACAGCGGAGGGAGAGCAGCCGAGGUCAGGAUCGUCGUUCGGCUGCUUUAAUACCCUCACAGAGAAACAACCAAGAGACUGAAAAAAAGAAAGAGAGAGAAAGACAGAGUUGGUGCUCCUGAAGUUCUUUCCCGUCAUUCUGCCGUCAACCCUCUAUCGAAGCUUGCCCUGCGCAGGCAGACGGAAAUACCUUGAAAAUGCCUCCCAUCGACACCGAGAAGAAUGAACUCAAAACUCGGAUACAGGAGCUUAUCGACACCAAUCAAGUGAUCGUUUUUAGCAAAAGCUACUGUCCAUUUUGUGUAAAGGUAAAAGACUUGUUCAAAGAGCUGAAAGUCGAGUGCAAGGUGGUGGAGCUGGAUCUCAUAGAGGAUGGAACAAACUACCAGGAGAUGCUGCUUGAGAUGACUGGACAGAAAACCGUACCAAACGUCUUCAUCAGUAAGACGCAUGUUGGCGGCUGCGACAAAACACUGCAGGCCCAUAAAGACGGCAGCCUGCAGCAGCUUCUGAACGGAGAACAUGAAGCUUACGACUACGACCUGAUCGUCAUUGGAGGAGGCUCUGGAGGCCUGGCCUGCUCAAAGGAAGCCGCUAAUUUGGGGAAGAAGGUCAUGGUACUUGACUAUGUGGUGCCCACACCAAAAGGAACCACCUGGGGUCUCGGUGGAACCUGCGUGAACGUUGGCUGCAUUCCCAAGAAGCUGAUGCACCAGACGGCUAUGCUGGCCACAGCCAUGCAGGACGCCCGCAAGUUCGGCUGGGAGUUCGACGAGACAGUGAAACACAACUGGGACACGAUGAAGACGGCAGUCAACAACUACAUUGGCUCGCUGAACUGGGGUUACAGGGUGGCACUGAGAGACAAGAAUGUCAACUAUGUCAACGCCUAUGCAGAAUUCAUUGAACCACACAAAAUCAAGGCGACAAACAAACGAGGGAAGGAGACGUUUUACACAGCAGCCAGGUUUGUGUUGGCUACGGGUGAGAGGCCACGCUACCUGGGCAUCCCUGGAGACAAGGAGUACUGCAUCACCAGUGACGACCUCUUCUCGUUGCCUUACUGCCCUGGAAAGACGCUGGUGAUCGGGGCGUCGUACGUGGCUCUGGAGUGUGGCGGCUUCCUGGCCGGCCUGGGACUAGACGUCACCAUCAUGGUGCGGUCCAUCCUGCUGAGGGGCUUCGACCAGGACAUGGCUAACCGUGCCGGAGAGCACAUGGAGGAGCACGGUGUCAAGUUCCUCCGCAAAUAUGUCCCUACAAAGAUUGAGGAGCUGGAAGCAGGCACUCCAGGCAGGCUGAAGGUGACAGCCAAGUCUACAGAAUCCGACGAGGUCAUCGAGGGCGAGUACAACACUGUGUUGAUAGCAGUGGGCCGAGACGCAUGCACUGACAAGAUUGGCCUGGACAAGGCAGGGGUCAAAGUCAACCCAAAGAAUGGAAAAAUUCCAGUGAACGAUGAGGAGCAGACAAAUGUGCCUCACAUCUACGCCAUCGGAGACAUUCUGGAGGGAAAGUGGGAGCUGACACCUGUCGCCAUCCAGGCUGGCAAGCUGUUGGCACGACGUCUCUAUGCGGGAUCAGCAGUGAAGUGUGACUACAUCAAUGUUCCCACCACUGUUUUCACCCCGCUGGAGUACGGCUCCUGUGGCCUGUCGGAGGAGAAGGCUAUUGAACUGUACGGGCAGGACAACAUCGAGGUGUAUCACAGUCUGUUCUGGCCUUUGGAGUUCACUGUGCCCGGCAGGGACAACAACAGAUGCUACGCCAAGUUAAUCUGCAACAAGCUGGACAAUGAUCGAGUCAUCGGAUUCCACUACCUCGGCCCGAAUGCAGGAGAAGUCACACAGGGCUUCGGUGCAGCCAUGAAAUGCGGUGCCACCAAAGAGCAGCUGGACGGCACCAUCGGCAUCCACCCGACCUGUGCUGAGAUCUUUACCACUUUGGCCGUGACGAAGAGCUCCGGCAACGACAUCACCCAGGCUGGCUGCUGAGGUUAAACCCUGCUCGUUUAGCGGGCUGCUCUCACUUUAAACUCCACUUUGAAACUCCCUCCUCUUCGAUGCCAGGCAGCCUUCAAAAGCUCAGCCUCAUUUCCAGGCACUUCUCAGGACAAACCUAACAUCAUUUCCAGCGUCUGAAUGAGUGAAAGCGCUCAUUUAGGGAGCUAAGUGGCGACUGGUAGAGGCCGAGUCUCUGGCUGAGGGAGUUUUGCUCUGAGGGCAGCCUGCUGAACAGCGGGGUUACUCUGCUAUUUUAGUGGACUCCACCAGUGUGUCCUUCUCAGAGGAAGCACCAGCACACAUUACUGCUGAGUAUAUGUGUGUUUGGGCUGUUUUUGACAUCCUUGCCCGUAACCUGAAAUCCUGAGGUGGGCUGGGAUCGAUGUCUCUGUAGAAGCACCUGGUGACGGUCCAAACCCUUCGUCCAACCCCCAACUUCAAACACUUCUCACUUACCCUCCAGAGGGUACUCAAACUCAAAUCUACAGAUUUAAAUUGACACCAGAAUGGAUUCACGGCUGCGGUAGAAUAUCACUGCGCCUUUUUCAUUCCUGAAAGAUUAAUCUGAGAUGUAUGCAUGUCGUUGUCAAUAUUUAUAUUUGCUUCAUGGAGGCGUCAGAGUUUUCUUCCUCGGAGACCACUCUGUCUCUGCAGAGGUGUAAACACCAUGCAGAUCUGCGUCUUUCAACUCAGAAACACUUUGAAACGACUGAAAGGAAAGUUCAAACUAAAUUGUACCGACAGUUUUUACUCAGUUAAUUUAAUGCUUGUGUGUUGCUUCUCGCUGUUUGCCUCUGCAUUACGUGUAUGUAAAAGAUAUAUUGGAUCCUGUAAAGGACGGUAUUCUGGCUGCUGUUAGUGAGUGACAUUGGUCAUCUGUGUAAAUGACUUGUUUGUUGGUGUCAGACCACUAUAGACUACUUUCUCUCAACAUUUAAUAAAGGAUGGAUUCACCUUCA